UCCUUCGACACCGCAGAUUAAAUUAUACAUAAUGAAAUCAUUUAUUAUCAUCCACUAAAAUUCAAUUAAAAUGUCAUCUGGUUCUGUUGGUCGGUUAGGAUUAUCUUUAAAUGAUCUAAAAAUUGAUCGCAGUUCAAUGUGUUUAAAUUUUAAUCAAAAAGAAAAUGUGAAACCAAGUGUGGCAGUUGCACCGCCACAACAUCAGCAUUGUUCGCAUAAUGUAGUUCAUCUUUUACAAAGUUCAUCUGGGACUUUAACUAUUAAAGAUGAGAUAUACCAGUAUACUGCUUUAGAUUUGAUUGACCUUGGUGAAAUAGGUCGUGGUAAUUUUGGCACUGUGAACAAGAUGAGACACAGAGAAAGUAAAACAGAAAUGGCAGUAAAGAGGAUUCGUGCGACAAUAGAUAAAGAUGAACAAAGACAUUUGUUAAAAGAACUUGAUAUUAUUAUGAAUACCACUGAUUGUAUAUAUAUUGUUCAGUUUUAUGGCGCAAUAUUUAUUGAGGGUGAUUGUUGGAUAUGUAUGGAGUUAAUGACGACAUCUGUAGAGAAAACUUACAAAGCAGUUCAUAAAGUCUUGAUGCAGAAAGUACCAGAAGAGAUCAUAGGAAAAAUAGCUUACUGUGUCAUAAAGGCAUUAGAUUAUUUGAAAACAAAUUUAGAAAUCAUACAUAGAGAUGUAAAACCUUCAAAUAUAUUGGUUGAUAAAGAAGGCCAAAUUAAACUUUGUGAUUUUGGUAUUAGUGGUCAACUUGUUGAUUCAAUUGCAAGAACAAGGGAUGCAGGGUGUCAGCCAUAUAUGGCUCCUGAAAGAAUUGACCCAUCACAAGCAAGAAGUGGUUAUGAUGUUCGCUCAGAUGUUUGGUCUCUUGGAAUGUCAUUAAUUGAAAUUGCUAUUGGAAAGUUUCCUUACCCAAAAUGGACAACAAUCUUUGAUCAGUUGUCACAAGUAAUUGAUGGUGACCCUCCAAAACUGGUUAAUACAGAACAGCAGAUUUUUUCUAAGAAUUGUCUUGAUUGUAUCAAUAGCUGUAUGGCAAAAGAUUUCAAGUUGCGUCCAAAAUAUAAUGAGUUACUGCGUAAUCCCUUUAUCAUAAGCUAUGAAAAAAACAAUAAUAUCAAAGAGUGGUUUAACAACGUGUUAACUAAAGUUCCCAAUCUUCCUUCUCUUGUUACCGAUUCUGAAACGCAUGAUUAGCACUUUUAAAGCAUUUUAAUGGUUAUAUAUUAGAAUUAAAUUUUCCGGUUAGGUUAGCAUUUACAUAGACGAUUAGGUUAGCAUUUUUGUAUUUUUCCAACAAUGAGUAUAUUCUUUUUCUUUUGCCAAAAAACAUUAUGUAAAUAAAAUUUAAUUUUCUUUUUGUUGGGGUGAAAUUAGUAAAAAAAAAGUUUUUCUCUUUGUUGUAAUGCAAUGCAUCGACUAUACAUAUAUCUAAUCUCGUAGUUUGCAAUACAAAUUGGCGUUUUUUUUUGUUUUUUUUUUUUUUAAUUUUUUUAUCUGAUUUUUAAUAAUUUUUAAUUCCUUUUUUUAUUUCAAUGUUUUUAUUUCAAUGUUUUAUUUGUUUAAUAUUUAUACAAUAUAUUUAGUCUGUAGAUAUUGACGAUUUUCAUGUUUUUAGAAAUUUGAAUAAUUUUAGUUAUAAUUUUGUUUGGAGAUUUUUGUUUCUUUUUGGAAUUUAUUACUUUUAUUUGAAUAUUUUUAUUCACAUUUUUUAAAUUUGUGCAUAUAUUAAGUUUAAUAAAGUGUUUAGUGUAGAGAAUUUAUAUGAAUUAUCCUCAUACGAAUA